AUGGCACAUCCAUCUCCUACCUACAAAUCCAAUGCUCGUACUUCCAUCAGCGCAUCUCUCGCUAGCUCGAGAGUAAGGGGUCUAUAUACUAUUCUGCUUGCUUGUCUUGUAGUUACCACACCUUCUUCCAUCAUCAUGGGAAGUUUAGGUACGAAUUAUUCAUUCAUUCACCCAUAA